AUGCCGGUGCCAACAUCACUCGACCGUCCCGUCGCGGGCACUUCUGCCGGCAAAAACAUCUGGAUCGCCGCUGGCGAAGGAGACCUCGAACGCGUCAAAGAGUGCGUCGACGUGCUCGGCAUCUCCCCCACUGCAGCAGACGAGUUCACCUACACCCCGCUCCACGCUGCUGCCUCCUACAGCCAUCUCGAUAUCCUCCGCUACCUCCUCUCACAUCCAACUGCUCCAGCCGAUGCUGUUAACACCACGGACUCGGACCUGGACACGCCGCUGUUCGUGUGCGAAACGAUCGAGGCAGCACGCUGCUUGAUCGAGGAGUUUCACGCGGACGCAAAGCACACAAAUGCGGAUGGGCUCACCGCCGCACAGCAGGCGAUGGAGAACGAACACGAAGAACUGGCGCGAUACAUCGCAGGCGUGACCGGCGAAUCAUUGCAAGACAACGACGGUGAUGCAGACGACGAGCAGCAAGAUGAGGAGGCAACAGUCGACGAGGACGAAAACGGCGUUCCACGCCAAAGUCAAUCCCUGACGGCCGAGCAACAGACAGCACAAGAUGAGAUGCUGGAUGCACAAACAGAUCAGCUCAUGGUGAGGGUAGGCGAGAUCAUGACAAGAGCCGAGCGCGAUGGCACCGAUCCAGAACCCGAACUGCGAACACUGGUCAGCGAGUCCGUACUGCGUCAGAUCGUCGAAGCAGCCGUCGCCGCUGUCUCAUCAUGCAUCAAGACUCGCAACGACUGUGAAAUCAGCCGUCUCAUGACAUCACAACACGAAAGCCACUAG